GAAAAGCGAGAGCCCCAAAAAGCCAAGUACGAAAAAAUAGGGAAGCUCUCUCCUCCUAACUCCAAAGUCGUCAUCCCUUUCCCCUCGGUCAUGGCUCUGCAACAUCACGCUAGGCGCGUCCAGAUUCAUUCCGUCAAUCUCCAUUUCCCAAUCCCUCGACAUCUCCAUAAAUGCUCCGCACCCCCCUCGCACGCCUCAAUCCUGCCCCCUCCACUCCUCGCUCCGUCCUCUCCGCCACUCCUCUCGCUCGCUCGCCCGCCUUCCUCCUCGCCUCCGCAAUCCCCCCCGCCCUCUGAAGAUCGCCGCCGGCGACCUCCCGCCGCUCGGUUUCAGGAAAGGAUAUUUGCUGAUGUCUACUUUGGGGAAUUCUACAAAUAUAUUUUGGCAUGAGUGCCCUGUGGGGAAGCAUGAAAGGCAGAGGUUACUUGACCAAAAGGGAUGUGUUGUAUGGAUUACGGGUCUUAGUGGAUCAGGAAAAAGCACAUUGGCAUGCUCAAUUAGUAGAGAAUUGCAUACCAGGGGAAAGCUUUCUUAUGUCCUUGACGGAGACAACCUUCGCCAUGGAUUAAACAAGAAUCUUGGAUUUAAGGCCGAGGAUCGAGCAGAGAAUAUACGAAGGGUUGGUGAAGUGGCAAAGCUCUUUGCUGAUGCUGGAUUAGUAUGCAUUGCCAGUUUGAUAUCCCCAUAUAGAAAAGACCGUGAUGCUUGCCGUGCAAUGCUGCCUGAAAGUUUUAUUGAGGUAUUCAUGAACAUGCCGCUUGAAUUGUGUGAGGCCAGAGAUGCAAAAGGCCUCUACAAGCUUGCACGUGCUGGAAAGAUUAAAGGUUUUACAGGAAUUGAUGAUCCAUAUGAACCACCGUUGAAAUGUGAGAUAGAAUUAAGUCAGAAAGACGGGAUUUGCCCUGCACCAGGUGCAAUGGCCGGAAAAGUAGUAUCAUAUCUGGAGGAGAAAGGUUUCCUGGAAAGCUAAUGAUCGAGCCUUCUUGUUCAGGAAAUUGUCACCACCAUAAUCUUCAGAUACCUGCUUACAAAUUUGGGAUUUUACUUGAAGCAUAGAUCCUUAGGGUCCAUUUGGCAUUGGCAUAUCCUGGGUAUUUGAAUGAGUUUUGGUGCCAAUGACAACUUCUCAGAUACAAGAAAUGCCAAAGGCUGCAUAACGCUGUUUUGUUUUUUCCUUUUUCGAUGAUCUGAUGAAAAGUUGGAAAUGAAUCUCUUGUUCAUCCUGCUAUAGACCAUGUUCAAAGUGGAAAAGAGUCCACGCAAGUGUAAACAUGUACCCCGCCUGAUGACAGAAAUUCUCUAAUCGAAAGGGAUUUUAUGAUGAAAAA